CUAUAAAUAAUGAUCUGUGGCUAUUUUGAGCUGAAACUUCAGACACAUUCUAGAGACACCAGAGAGUUAUGUUACACUUUGUUAAAAGUGGCAUAAUAGGUCCCCUUUAAGCAAAAAACUAAAACUAGAUACAAACAAGAAUUUUUGAAAUAUUCUUUAAGUAAAUAUGCAAGACGAACAUCUUUGACCAUUGCAACGUCUUGAUUUUUUUUUUUAGUAUCUCAAACCAUAAGCACCACAAGUAAAGUAAAACUAGAAAUAAAUGACACAUUUUCUUAUUUAAGAGUGUAUACAUUUAUGUGUACUAGUUUAUUUCAGCUCAUUAAGUCUUGGAAGAAUUUGAAUGAUAUCUUGGUGAAUCUGAGCACAUUGAGACCUCUUCUGACACUUUGGAGACGUAUGUGAGAUCACUAGGUUUUUUUCUCUCAGCAGACUCAAACAAAUGCUUCCGUUUAAUCUCAUUGCUGCCUAGGAGAAACAAUUGAGAUAUUAAAGAGAUGUUAUUUGUGAUUUGUCCUAUGGGAAGAGACCUAGUUUGUCAUUAUUGAUCAUACUGUCAUCACCGCUGGAGGCUUCAGCCACGCUCAACUCCUCCCACCAACACUCGUGUCGUGAAAUCAGGAGUCUGGGUUAAUCUGAACUGCGCUGUAUUUUUGAGAGAGUGUGUGAGAGAGAGAGAGAGAGAGAGAGAGCGAGAGAGAGAGAGAGAGAGAGAGAGAGCGAGCGAGCGUACUGCAGUACCGUCACACACUCCUUGUGCUCAGACCCGGAGUUGAGCACAAGGGACAGGAAGAGGAGGAGGAGGCGAGAACAGGGUUUGAUGACUGCAGCGUCCCGACCACAGCUCAUCUGAAGAGGGGAAUCUGUCUCUCCUCUGCUCCAGCUCUGGGAUUAAGUUUUUUUUCUUGUCUUGACAUCAUGGAGUCUCCCACCAGAGAGAUCGAGGAGUUUGAAAGCACGUCGCUCAAGUACCUACAGCCCGACCAGAUUGAGAAAAUCUGGCUCCGACUGCGGGGACUGAGAAAGUACAAGAAAACAUCACAGAGAUUACGAUGUUUGAUAAAACAGUUGGAGAGGGGAGAGGCGUCUCUCGUAGACCUAAAGAAAAACCUGGAAUAUGCUGCCACUGUUUUAGAAUCAGUCUAUAUUGAGGAAACAAGGCGAUUGGUCGAUACCGAGGAUGAGCUCAGCGAUAUCCAAUCUGAUUCUGUGCCAUCAGAAGUGCGUGAUUGGCUGGCCUCCACCUUCACGCGGCAGAUGGGGCUGAUGCUGCGACGGACGGAAGAGAAGCCGCGAUUCCGCAGCAUCGUACACGCGGUGCAGGCUGGGAUAUUUGUGGAGAGAAUGUACCGUCGAACCUCUAACAUGGUGGGACUGAGUUACCCUCCCUCUGUCAUAGCAGUGCUUAAGAAUGUGGAUAAGUGGUCUUUUGAUGUAUUUGCUCUGAACGAGUCGAGCGGUGACCACGCACUCAAAUUCAUCUUCUAUGACCUUCUCACCCGCUACGACCUCAUCAGCCGCUUCAAGAUCCCUGUCUCAGCGCUGGUUUCAUUUGUGGAGGCUCUGGAAGUGGGUUACAGCAAACAUAAAAACCCCUACCAUAACCUGAUACACGCAGCUGACGUCACACAGACGGUACACUACCUGCUUCUGAAGACGGGAAUGGUGCACUGGCUGACUGAGUUGGAGAUUUUUGCGAUGCUUUUCGCUGCUGCUGUCCACGACUACGAACACACCGGGACCACAAACAACUUCCACAUCCAGACCAGGUCGGACACAGCCAUCCUGUACAACGACCGCUCUGUGCUGGAGAGUCAUCACGUCAGCGCGGCGUAUCGACUGCUUCAGGACGACGACGAGAUGAACAUCCUUUACAACCUCUCCAAAGAUGACUGGAGAGAGCUCAGGGCGCUCGUGGUCGAGAUGGUUCUGGCCACUGACAUGUCCUGCCACUUCCAGCAGGUCAAAGCCAUGAAGAAUUUCCUCCAGCAGCCUGAGGGAAUUGACAAACCCAAGGCUCUGUCUCUGCUGUUACACACGGCUGACAUCAGUCAUCCAGCCAAGAACUGGGAUCUACACCAUCGCUGGACUACGUCACUGCUGGAGGAGUUUUUCAGACAGGGUGAUAAGGAGGCAGAGCUUGGUCUACCUUUCUCACCUCUGUGUGACCGUAAAUCCACGAUGGUGGCCCAAUCCCAGAUCGGUUUCAUUGACUUUAUCGUUGUUCCAACGUUUACGGUUCUGACGGACAUGACUGAAAAGAUUGUCACGCCGCUCAUUGAAGAGGCCACAAGUUCAGGCCUGGCUGGAUUUCGCAGCAGUAUUACUGCCGGAGAUGUGAAGAGGGGCAGCGUGAACAGCUCUGGUUCUGAUGGCAGCGCAUCCCAUAACUGCUCGCUGCUCACUGUGGACCUGAACAACUUCAAGGCCAUCUGGAAUGAGGAGGUUUUUCUGAACAGAGAGCGGUGGAAGACGCAGGCAGAUAAAGAGACGGAGGAGAAGGCCAGACGAGAGCUGGAGGAACAGCAGGAGGCAACGGCAGAAAAUCAGGAGCAAAAAAAAGACCCAGAGCUGUCGGGACCAAAGAAAGACAGGGUGGGAGAAGACAACCCGGAGCCUGGGGGGGUAAAUGGACCCCCGGAAGAAAGUCCCCAUGACAGAUCAAAAAAAGAAGGGGAACACCGUAAAUUACAGAACGGAGAAGUGUCUGAAGAGGCAGAAUCACCAGCAGAUGAAGAUACGAGAACGCUCAGUGAAACUGCGAAUGCCUAGAGUGAUUUCCAGUGGCGUCAUGCGGUUCAGUGUCAGACACAGAGCGGUGAACUUGCCAUCGGUUCUGAAGGUCAACGGCGCCCUCUAGAGGACACGGCUAAUGCUUACAUCACAUUUUGUGUGGCCUCUAUCCCCUCCAAAGCCUUUGCUGCGAUUAUCUCCAGACUUUCAUAAGACUGAUCUCUCUGAACGAUGAAGGACGAGGGACAACAGCUGCUUUUGUCCGGCAGAUCUCAUUUCCCUCCCAAACCUUUAGAGUGCAAUGGGUGCACCUGCUAAGAAAAGCAUGCAACAGCUGAAACUAUAGUACAUAAGAAUUCUUAUUAAAACCUCCUUCAUUUGUAAUUACACACACACACAAAUGCUUUUUAUGUCUUUAUGCAUUCGAACAGCCUUGCAGUCGGAUGACUUGCCAUGUGUCUGUGAUUUAUAUCUAUAUAUAUAUGUAAUAAGCGGCCUGCGUUAAACUGUAAACAACUAAUCUUAGCAGUUGCACCCGUGAUCAACAUUCGCCCAGAUCUGCUUUUGCGGCAAAAUGACAUUGUGUUCGGUUAUUUUAAACACGCUUUACUCAAAAUGGACUGAUUCGUUUCAGCAAACGUGCUCUGAUGCAACGUCUGCCUCCGACUCGCAUUUGUUCGCAAUGCCUCAUCGGCUAAUAGAGGUCGCGUAUAUGAAACCUUGAAUGUCUAUAUGUAUUAUUAUUGUAAAUGACUGUCAGCAUUUAGAUCAGAGCUUUUAUAAUUGAGAAAAGCCGUACGAAGUGGCAGUAUUUCUUAUUCGAGCACGUCUGUGUGCAGCUGUGGAGUAGAAAACGCCUGAUUCAACCUAAGAUUUUUCCCUCUCUCGCUUACCUUCAGAUGCCUUUCUUCAUGUAGUCUUUCUGAAAGCGAACCGAACUGAAACAUCUUCUACAGGAAACGCUCAUGCACAAACUAGCAGUCACCAUAGACGAUGUAAGUCUUAUAACUGAACGUAGUAGUGUGUAAGUCAUAACCAUAUCACUGUGCUCGCUCUGCAAUACCUAGAUAUUUGCCGUACGUCAUUUUUACUGAUGUCCUGGGGGUUUCGUGACAAGCGUUUCUCUGUUUUUUUUGAGCAGGUAUUCUCAUAAAACCCGUGGAGAACAUGUCCUACACAUUUCACCCAUGUUUAGUCUUAAAGGUGAUUCUGUGGAAGGUGUGUGGAUCUGAUCCUCAUUAGAUGGUCAACAGUGACUGAGAUAUAAUAAUCACAAUAUAUAAAUCAGCAUAAAUUAAAGGGUUAGUUCAUCCAAAAAUGAAAAUUCUGUCAUUAAUUACUCACCCUCAUGUCGUUC